AUGCAGCAAGCCCCUAUACGGCUCUCUCAGACAUUGUGGUCCGCCUUUCGAGCCGCAAAGCCCAUCUCCCACACUUUCCCUCGGCCGCUUCAGCUUCAAUUUUCCUCGCUGGUCCGGUCCUCCCCACAGCCAUGGCCCAGACAAAGGUCCAGAAUAGCUUUGCAAGCUCGCUUUUAUAGCGAUAACAGGACGGAGAUUGAGAGGAAAGUCGAAGAUGCAAAGAGUCGGAUAGAAGAGAGCUUCGAGUCCCGGGCAGAUACAGUGGCCUCGCAGGCCGAUGAGAAACUCAAGGACCCUCAGCAUGAAACAAUCAUUCAUACGAUUCCGGAGUCCUCGUCGAUUGUCCAUCCGUCCCAGGCACAUGGCCAGAAAGAACACAAGCAGUCGCAACCUCCGCCCCCGCCCCCGCCGCCGUCCUCUUGGGACAAGAAGCUGCCCUCCCAUCUAGCCUCUCGGUAUUCGCACGUGCGAGAACGAUUUACGCAUUUCAUGGACAAUUUCCAGACCCAUAUCUUCACGGCGUCCCGGCGAUUGAACGACCUCACUGGCUACUCAGGGAUAGAAGCAUUGAAGCACGAAAUUGAGCAUCAGGAAGCAGUGGUGCAGGAAUGUCGUCAAGCAGUCAAUGAAAGUCGAUCAAGAUACACCGAGGCAAUUGCAACGCGGAGCGCUACCCAGCGCGAAGUAAACGACCUCUUGCACAGAAAACACACCUGGUCUCCUACUGAUCUUGAGCGCUUCACCAGUCUGUACCGAUCCGACCAUGCAAACGAGCAGGCCGAGGCUGCUGCGCAGAAGGACGUGGCCGAUGCAGAAGCAAGGUACGAAGAAGCCUCGUCGAAACUCGCAAAGGCAAUCCUGGCACGCUACCACGAGGAACAGAUCUGGAGCGACAAGAUCAGACAGAUGUCGACCUGGGGCACUUGGGGCUUAAUGGGGCUCAACGUGCUGUUAUUCGUCGUCUUCCAGAUCGCCAUCGAGCCAUGGCGGCGGCAAAGGCUGGUCAAGGGGUUCGAAGAGAAGGUCGAACUUGCAUUAAAGGAGACGUUCGACGAGGUGACUGCUGUGCAACCGGUGCGGCCGAACCAAGAGGGUGCCAUAGCGGCCAUGUCGCCUGGAGAGAAAGUAGACGCUGUGGCCGACAAAAUAGUCGAGCAGAUUGUCGACGCUGUCUCGGGCACCACCGUCGAUGAAGCUGUUCCAACGCCCCCGCCCAUAGAGACAACGCCUUCUCCUCCACCAGAACCCGUCAUCGAAGCGGCGGCCGAGCAGCUCGCCGCCGAAGAGAUCGCCGCCGAGGAAGUCGCGCAAGGAUCGCUCGAGACAAUCAUACCAGAAGAACCCGUCACAUCUCCCUCGGCGACGUCGCGCUGGACCGCCCCUACCUCCCCACUCGCGUGGUAUGAAGACUCGCUACGCGCACUGUUUAGCGACGAGAACCUCCUCACGCUCACGCAACGGCAGUUGACAACUGUUGCAAUGCAAGGUGUGGCCGGCGGCAUGGCGCUGAUGGGCCUGUUGGUUGUCCUCCUACGGCCCAAAUGA